GAUUACAUAUAUCUGUAGACGUGAAGUUUUGCAGGAAGUGCCAAGGUAAAUUAUCAACAAAAGAGAUUUGACAGACCAUGCCGUACAGAAGUUUUACAUCGUAGUUUAUAUCUAACGUAUAUUGACAAGGGAAUAUUUAGAUUUAACACUGCAGUUUCACUCUCUGACACUUGUAGCCUAAUUCAUGGACGAAAAAGGGGGAGUAGGUGUGAAGACCAAAUGAUGAUCGAUAGAACAGAUUAUGCUAUAGAUUUGAUGACAAAGUGUUAGAAUUCAGUAUUGGUGGAUUAUCUGUAAACAUGUGAAGUCAACUUUUUAAAGAUAUGGAGUCUGAAAAGGUUCCUCAUCCACAUCUGGUCCUAGACACAGGACAAGUUCAACAGAAUGGUCAUAUAAUACAGAAGUUGGAAUCAAGAUCUAGACUACUAAAUGGAAAUACAGACAGAAAUGGAAAUGACAAUCACUCUCAUAUUGUUAACUUGGAAGGUACUGUGUCACCAAACAGUCUUCGUCCAGAUACACCCACGUCUGCAACAAGGAAAUCGGCAUGGGAAAGAGCAAGGGACAAAUAUAAAGCUCAAGAAUUAGAAUGCAGCAAAAAGAAAACAAAAGUAAAACCUUUUGUUGAUCCUGAUGAGAAAGUAGAACAGAAGAAAUUUCUAAACUUAAGUGGUGUUAAAGAAGUAUUUUCAUCUAGUCAUUUCCAAAAUAAGGAUCUUGAACGAUUAUACCAAAGGUAUUUUUUCAAACUUAAUCAGUUGAACCUGUGUAUUUCUUUGGGAUUCAUAUGUGUUGUUAGUAUAAUACUGCUAGUGACUUACUAUAUUUAUGGAGCUAUUAUGCCGGCAAGAGCCAUUAAUUUUGGCAUUUUGUUUUUUUUGUGUAUAUUUUUAGAGUUUUUAUGUAAUCGAUCAUCUUUUGACCAACAACAAAUGUUGAUAACCUUGUUCAUUAUUAUUUUGUUUUUCUGUGCAUCAUGUGUUCUUGUUUCUCUCGACAACUCACCUAAAUCAGGAUCUGAUGGAGUCUGGAUGAACAUUAUAUUUAUAUACAUGAUCUACACACUGUUACCUAUUAGAAUGAGAUUUGCAUGCCUGACUGGAAUCACAUUGUCCAUUAUUAGUGUGUCGUGUACUGUCAGUUUUACAGCAGACAAAGGAUACAGAGUUAAACAGGGGAUUGCAAAUGCAUUGAUAUUUACAGCUACAAAUUUGGUAGGGAUAUUUACACAUUGGCCAACAGAGUACAAUCAGAGACAAGCUUUCCUGGAAACAAGAAGAUGUAUAGAGGCUCGUCUGACAACACAGAGAGAAAAUCAAGAACAAGAAAGAUUGCUACUUUCUGUAUUGCCACGACAUGUUGCCAUGGAGAUGAAAGCAGACAUUGCUGGUGCUCCAAAGGAUACUAUGUUCCAUAAAAUCUACAUUCAGAGACAUGACAAAGUCAGUAUUGUGUUUGCUGAUAUUUGUGGCUUCACAGCUUUGUCCUCCCAAUGCACUGCUCAGGAACUUGUACAGCUUCUCAAUGAAUUAUUUGCUCGUUUUGACCGACUUGCUGCAGACAACCAUUGCCUUAGAAUCAAGAUUUUAGGAGACUGUUAUUAUUGUGUGAGUGGACUUCCAGACAUCAGAGCAGAUCAUGCUCAGUGUUGUGUUGAGAUGGGGCUUGACAUGAUAGAAGCUAUUUCACUUGUGAGAAAUGUAACGGGAGCAGAUGUUAAUAUGAGAGUUGGAAUCCAUUCUGGAAGAGUCCAUUGUGGAGUUUUGGGUCUAAGGAAAUGGCAGUUUGAUGUCUGGUCCAAUGAUGUGACAUUAGCCAAUAUAAUGGAAGCAGGAGGACUCCCAGGGCGUGUCCAUAUCACUGAGGAGACGAUGAAACUUCUGAAAAAUGACUAUGAAGUGGAGGAAGGCAAUGGUGGUGAUAGACAUCCAUAUCUUAAAGAACAUAAUAUAUCUACUUAUCUUAUUGUACAGGAGGAAAAUCGUACCAGUAAGGAAAGACCACCUUCACCAAAGUCUGCUUUUCGUAAGAAACAUUCCAUUGGCAUGUUUAAUGGUAGUGCUAAAGAUAAAAAGUUUCACAGUGAUCCAAAUGCAGCUAUUCAUCAAAAACUUGGUAUUGGUGAUGACCAGAAUACUAAAGAUCCCAAUGAUGAAGUAAAUGACUAUCUACGUCGUGCUAUAGAUGCCAGGAGUAUAGAUAAACUCCGCUCAGAUCAUGUCAAAUUCUUCUUUCUAACAUUCCUAAAGACAGAUUUAGAGGAAAAGUAUUGUAAAGUUCGAGACACAAUGUUUACAUCACAUAUUGGUUCCACACUGAUCACUUUACUAUUUGUUUGCACCAUACAUUUAGUUAUUUUACCACAGUCUGUUGUAAUGUUUGUAAUAUUUCCAAUCGCCUGUCUAGCCAUACUUGGUUUAUUUUUUCUAAUGUUAUCAGAACCAUUUUUGUGGACACCAAGAAGAAUCAAGGCUAUAGCCAGAACAAUAGCUGUGAAUCAUUGGUAUAAUCAAAUUGUAGCUGUGAUAGUCAUCAUAUUUCUGUAUUCUAGUGCCUUAUUUCCUAUGGUGUCUGUACAUCAGUAUGAUUUAAAAGAAUGUCUUUCCACACAUUUUGGUAUUCCUGUAUCAUCAGUCAACCUAACACAUCUAGACCAGGCCAAUAUCAGUCUUGGCAUCGAGUAUUCAAUAUGUAAUCCUCUAGAUAAAACUUCACAUUUUCCAGAGUAUCUAUCAUUUUGUAUGUUGUUAGUGAUGAUAGCAUUAGGAGUGUUCAUACAAGCCAGCAGUGUCCUGAAGUUAUUGGUGUGGACUGUGAUGGCAUUCUUCCACUUGUUACUGGUGGAAGUAUUUUUUGUUGAUCUCCUAAACAACAGAGAUUUUCUUAUUAGUGCUAACAGAGGAAUUAUUAGCUGUGAUACGUGUAUGUUGUCUAUUUCUAGUAUAAACACGUGGGAUACGUUGACAGUGAUACCUCUGAAAUGGGAAAUCAUUUUGUUUUUGAUUUUCUUUGUGGUUUUGCUAUUUGUACACAGUCAACAGGUUGAAGCAACUGCAAGAUUAGAUUUCUUAUGGAAAAUUCAGGCUACAGAAGAGAAAGAACAAAUGGAAAGUUUACGAGCAUACAAUCUCAAACUGAUAGCAAAUAUAUUACCUCUACAUGUGGCUGAGAAUUUCCUUAAAAAUCAACACAAGAAAGAUGAGGAUCUGUAUCAUUUAGAUAUAGAUAACACAGGUAUUAUGUUUGCAUCUAUUGCCAACUUUAAUGAUUUCUACAUUGAGUUAGAAGGCAACAAUGAAGGAGUGGAAUGUCUGAGGCUGUUAAAUGAAAUAAUAGCUGAUUUUGAUGAGAUCAUCAGUGAGGAGAGAUUUAAAUGUUUAGAAAAGAUCAAAACAAUAGGAUCAAGUUACAUGACAGCUUCAGGUUUAACUAAGGAAACAAACUAUGCUGACAUGAGACAUAUUGUAGCCCUGGCAGAGUUUGCCUUCUCACUCAGAGAACAACUCCAGUAUGUCAAUGAACAUUCAUUCAAUAACUUCAAGUUAAGGAUAGGCAUGAACAUAGGACCUAUAGUGGCAGGUGUAAUUGGUGCUAGGAAACCUCACUAUGAUAUUUGGGGAAACAGUGUUAAUGUGGCAAGUCGUAUGGAUAGUACUGGUGUUCAGGAUCGUAUACAGGUCACCCAGGAAAUACACAAUAUUUUACAUAAGAAAGGGUAUGUUCUUGAGUGUCGAGGAAUUGUUAGGGUCAAAGGAAAGGGUGACAUGACGACCUAUUUUCUUACAGACAGGCCACCAGUAGCUUACAGUAAAGCAUGAAACAUUCCACAUAAUUACAAUCAGUGAUGUGCAAAACAGUAUGAAGAUAUAUGUUGUCAUGGAAACAGUUUCUUUGUAUGAUUGCAUAAUCUUCUAUAUUAAAGUUUGGAGAGAAAACUUGUGAAUGGUAGAUCUUGGCUCUAUACUGCCACUAAUUGUACUAUAAUGCCACUAAUUGUACUAUACUGCCACUAAUUGUACUAUACUGCCACUAAUUGUACUAUACUGUCACUAAUUGUACAACAGGUUUUGAAAAUUUCAUCUAUAAGGAAUUGUGAUCUUCAAUUUUGUUUCAAAUAAGGAUUUAAAAAAAAGAAUUACAAACAAUAUGCAAGACAACUACUAAAACACCCUUUUAAAUGUUUUUAAUAAAACUGUUUUUUUUUAUCAGAAGAAAAUUAUAAAAGUAAAACUGGUUUUUUUUAUCAGAAGAAAAUUAUAAAAGUAAAAUGAUUUUUUGUGAAGAAUAUUUGAUUUUAUUGAUGUUAAUUUUUUACCAAAACAAAUUUUAACCAGGUCAGGGACACCACAGUUGUAUCUGUGCCUUAUUUUAACUUGUCACCACGAAAUAGGACACAGACUGUCAGUGGUAAAUGUCUUGUGUCAAAUCUUCAAUGACUGGUAAUAUGCCAGGUUAAUCUAAAGGGUCUUUAUUUUUAUGCAGACUUUAGUUAUUCAUAAUGUUCAGUUCUAUGAAGACAAGCUAUCAUUUGAUUUUAAAAUUUUAGAUUUGUCAUUUCAUAGUUAUGGGACCUAAAUUAAAGGAAAUUUGAUAAAGAAAAAACAUGUCUUAUGAUAAAUAACACGGUUGGUGUUUUUUUUUUAAAUUUACGAAAACUUUUCCUUUUUUUGGUCAAUCUUUAAGUCAAGCUACUUUUUAAAAUUCACAAGGGAGUUAUGGAAUGUGAAGAACAACAUUUGGAGCACAUCUUUAGAAAUACAUUUUUCAUAGGUGAUUUAAGGGAUAAUGCAAAUUGUCAUUCCAAGGUAAUAGGGAUAAAUUUGUUAAAAAUGAAUUAUUUGUAAUGUCUUAAACAAAGUCCAUUAUUUAUUUCAUAAAAUCUGAAGGCAAAUCAGCAGCAGAAUGAAUGAGCAUGAAAAUCAAUAAUCUGAAGUAACUGCAUAUAAACUAUAUAACAUAAGUAACCAACAACAGUGGCUAUGGCUUGCUAGGAAUAGCUGUAAUUUGGCACAAAUACAUUUAUACAUCGGUCCCAGCUAUAACUUAAUAUGUUUGGUAAUACAUAUCACAUUUUUUAGUCCUCUGAUAUUAUGUAUGGUUCUAUUUAAGUAUUAUGUAAGUGCAAUUAUAUAAUUUAUUUUCCUGCCAAAAUGUUUAUAUUUUAUUUUCAUGUUAAAUUUCUAUUUUGGCUCAUCAUAUUUGCUAAUUUAUGUUGAAGAUCUAGUCACUUUUGUCAUGUUAUUGUUAUAAGUUUAGCAUAGUAUUAAGAUAAUUUGUUAUUAUGGUAUUUCCUCUAAUAUAACUGCAAAACUUUUGUGAUAUUACUUAUAUAUGUAUCUUAUGGGUAGUAGUAAUCUUUCAUUUAUAAUAGUAGAGGACAAUUUUGGGAAAACACUGACAUUUAGCAAAAAUAAAACUAGCAAUGCCCAUUUCAAGAGAAAAAUUAUUGCAUUAUUUUUUGACACAAAAGGUAAUUAAUUUAGUCUAAUAUCAAGAAUUCACAAUGUAAAAAUGUUUUUUAUUUGCUAUUGAGCAUUCCUGGCCUUGAAGGCAUAAAACUUUGCUCAGUGCUCGGAGCACAAAAAUCAUUGCUCGAAACAUGAAAUUCAGCAAUUUGAUUGGUUGAUUCUCGAGUCUGAUUACAAAAAUCGUGCUCGAAAGUUUUAUGACCCUGAUGCCAGAUGAAGGUAAAUUUGAUAACAUAUGGUACAUUUGGUCAAUGAUCAUUUUUGUUUUUUGUAUUAUACAUUGGUGCAGUAUAAAACUUUUGUUGUGGUGCUCUCAUUUCAGUUCAAUUCAUAAGUCAGUGUAUCAAUUAUAACAACAAUGCAUCGAUAUCAUUCCCUUUCUGUGGUGAUCUCAUUUUAUUUUUCCCAUAUACGUAAUGAACACUACAAUAUAGUAUUGUUUUGUUUCAUAAAUCCUGUAAAUGUAAGAUACAUUUAUAUAUACACUAUCACAUUGUUUUUUCUUGAUGAAUGUCAUGGUUGUGUUUUGUAUUGUAUCAGUGUCAUUGUCAAUAACAUGAAAUCCUUAAAUUGUUAUCAAUGUGAUUGCUCAGAUAAUUUAUUAAUUGUUUAAUUUAUGACAAGAUUUUUGUUGGACACAUUUUUGUGUUUAAUAAAUUUGAAAUCCAGUAAGAAUAUAUAUAAUAACUAUUGCGAAUCUGUUAAGAACAAGAUUGACAGUCUUACAGUAUAAAAUGAAGUUGUAUAUCUUGUUUGUAAAUUGAUUGCCAGAUCGUUCCUUAAUGUCCAACAAUGUGGCAACUGUUUUGUUAAUGUUCAGGACUAGAACUUAAGAUACAUUAAUCAGUAAGGCAGAUGCAAACAAGUGGCUGUAACAGGGGAAAGACAUAUUUUUGACAACAACUAGAAAUUGAUGACAUGCAUGGAAGGGUUUGAAAGUUUGCAUUGCAACUUGUGACCUACAUAAUCCUAUUUACUGCAAGGGUUCUUGCUGAUGGCAAUGAACAAUAUCCAGGUAAAAUCAUAGUUAAUAGCCUCAUUUUGACUUGAUGUUUUUAAAAGUUUGAAUAUUAUCAAUUAUUUCAGACUUUACCAUUUUGAAGACAUUGAAAUGUAUUGAUAUGAAAUCCAUUUACAUCAGAAAUCACACAAUUUACACAAGAGUCCCUAUGUCUGACCCUCAAUUUCAAGAAAAUUACAUUUAUGAUGUUAAAUAUUUUUCCUUUGACAUUUACAUAACUUUGAAAUGUAUACAAUUUGAAAUCAGCUCUCCUACAUUGGUCCUAGUGGUAUGGUUAUUUUGAGCUGUUCUUAUCUUUUAUAGGCUGUUGGAUAUUUUAUGGUAUAUAAUCAGCAAAACCUUUUUCUGAAAUUGCUGACGAAAUAAAUUAUAAAUCAAAUGGAAUGAUGAUUACUGCAGAUAAUUAGAAUAACCCUAUUUUCUUUAAUUUAAUAUUUGUCAGUAGACAAUAACUGUUCAUUAUUACUUUUGGAAAUUAAAGAUAUGUCUGUUUUCUUGCUUGUGAUUUCCAAAGUGAAACGAUUAGAUUUUUUUUAAAUGUCUUUAAAUUUUGUAUUUAGGCUUUUAAUCAUCAUCAACAUAACCUCUAUAGCUCAAUGAAAUUAAAAGCUCAAUGAAUCAAUGGCAUAAAUCAUAAAAUCAUAAAGAAGGAACUCUAUUAUAAUUCCAAUAUGUUAUACAGUCAUAGACCAAGUUUCAUACUAAUUCUAGUCAAGUGUUUUAUGCCUGAAGAUAUUUUUUAUGUUUUACUAAAUCAUGACAUAAGACAAUUAAAAUCAUUUAUGAUAUUAUUAUUUAAGGUCUAUAACAAAAUCUAGUCAAUUAUACAAACUAUUUGUUGAUUUGUAAUAUUCUACUGUUUUGUAAUAUUUAAUUUUAACUGACUUUGCCUUCAUUGACAUGUAUUUAUUUGACUAGGUAGAAAGCUUUAAAGAAACAGUAUAUCUCUUUUGUAGAAUGGAACUGGUUUGUAAAGAAUACAUGUAUUUAAACUUUAACUUCUUGCUUUAAUGCUAAAGAUUUAUCAUCUUGCUUUAAUGUUAGUGUAAUAACAAAAGGUAAAUUAAACAUUCCAUUUGAAGCGGUUAAGUACAUGGUAUUUUAAACUUAUAAAAUGUUUAUAUUUUAAGUGGGAAUACAAACUAGAAAACAUUUCAAGUUUGGAUUAAAACAGUGAAUGUUUUAAUCAGUGAAUGAACCCUUUUAUUUUUUAUUGAUGUUGAUAUUUCAUUGUUAUCUGAAUAAAUGUUAUAUUUCUUAUAAUACA